GUAAAUGGGAGUAGAACCGUGUCGUACUCUCUGAAGUCAUCGUCGUCGUUGUCAAUUGUCAACCGUGAAACUGUGGAUGCUGGAGAAAUAAUAAACCUGUUGCCUGGAUAAUAACACUCCGCAUACCUUUUCUCCACACACAGAGACAACCGACGACAGUCAUCGUCUGCGGGUCUCUGCUCUCUCUCUUCCUCCUAAUUUACUGACAUCCAGGGUCGCUAGGUUUUUCUCCUCACUGGUCCAUGUUCCGUUGAUUGACUGUUGGGUGCGCCAAGGUCGUGCCUUACAAAGCGUUGGGGGGAAAUAUUGCUGGCCUACAAACACAGGCGACAAGGAAUAUAUCCACUCAUCUGCCGGCUGAAUCAGUGGAAUCCAUUGCUGCAUCAACAUCGUUAUUCUCUCAAACAGGAAACAUAUGGCAUCCAGAAUGGCGGCAUCGGACGAAGACCAAGAAUCAGCCUACUUCAACACCAAUCCCCCACCCAAAGACCUCCCCAGGCACGAAGCCCUUGCUCGCGCAUUCAUCAACUACCAUGUCGAAGCCAACAGGCGUCUGGUGCUCGUCACUUCCGGAGGCACGACCGUACCAUUGGAGAACCAAACGGUGCGCUUCAUCGACAAUUUCUCCGCUGGGACUAGAGGCGCUACGUCCGCAGAGUACUUCCUACAAUCAGGCUACGCGGUGAUAUUCCUACACAGGCAGUUCAGUCUGCUUCCCUAUUCGCGACACUACUCGCAUUCGACAAAUUGCUUCCUCGACUUUAUGGACGAGGCACCCCCAGCGGGCGGAAACUCCGCCAGUGGCAACGGGCCCAUUGUCGUUCGCAGUGAGUACCAGGAUGAGAUGCGAGAUGUGCUCCGCAAGUACCGCUACGCCAAGCGAAAUAACCUGUUACUUCUGCUUCCCUUCACCACCAUCUCCGAGUACCUUUUCGAGUUGCGAUCGCUGGCGAAGCUGAUGCGGCCACUGGGCGCCAAUGCGCUCUUCUACCUCGCUGCGGCUGUGAGCGAUUUCUUCAUUCCGCGAGACCGUAUGUCAGAGCAUAAAAUUCAAUCGUCGGAGUUACCGGAGUCAUUUUCGUCAGGGAACGAGAAAGGUAACGAUGACAGUCUGGUCGACCCCUCGGAGAUCUACACUGGCGAAAACGAACCGACCCCCCCGACUAAGAGCAAGAAACUCAUCAUCAAUCUCGACCCCGUGCCAAAACUCCUUCACAGACUUGUCGACGGUUGGGCACCGGUCGGGAGCAUGAUCGUGUCCUUCAAGUUGGAAACAGAUCCAUCUUUGCUGGUGUACAAGGCUCGGACGGCUCUUCAGCGGUACUCACACCACCUGGUCAUCGGCAACCUCUUAUCUACGCGAAAGUGGGAAGUGGUUUUCGUCACGCUAGACGAGCCUUACGAGCGGUGGAUCCGCGUCCCCAAGUCCAAACGCAGCAAGAGUGCGUCAGGUGUGGAGGAUCAGGUCGGGCUCGCUGAAAGCAAAAAGCACCACAAGGACGAUGAGCGAGAAGAAGCGAAGCAGGGAACCGAGCACGGGGCUGUUCCCGAAGUUGAGAUUGAGAGCCUGAUCAUCCCCGAGUUGAUCAGGAUACAUUGGGAGAUGAUCACGAAUGCCGACGGGCACAAGGGGAAGUAGUUCCGGGUGCAGCGCAUGGGUCUACGAGAGUCUUGGAUAGUUAGUAUGAUGUUAAUGCCAUGUAUACGCUGUAGUAAUUAUCUAUGCUGUCCUGCAUAACCGACAGGAACUUCGACGGUGCGCUGUCCGUUGUACAGAGGAGAUCAGCAUGUAGGAUCUACAUCCCAACAUUAAGGGGGAUGUCGCAUAGAAGCUCUUGUCAGCAUCUUGGGUUCAUAACUUCAAUCAGAAUCAUCACACAAUGGCGAUGCAUCAGAUUUCUGAAACAAUAAAUGCGGGUAUGAAUCCCCUGAGUGGAGCAGCGUCUAGAGAGAAUGCCUGGCAGCGAGAGAGCG